CUCGAGAGGGGAAGUAAAAAAUAAAAAUAAUUUGGUUGCACAAGUGUGUUGUGCACAUCCUUUUAAAACUGUGAAUGUCGCAGUGUCACAAUCAUAUUUAUAACCACAAAGAAACACAUUUUGUUUUCAUUUUUCAAAAGUCUCCAGGAAACAGAUGGUACACUGCCACUGGAAGUCACCAAAAGCUAUAGGAACAAGUUUAAGAAGAUGUAAACAUACUAACAACAGUGCUCGCCACUCUUUCAGAGACGAUGUCCAAGAGUGGAGCAGAAGAGAUGAUUGAGAUCGAGAUUGACGAACGAGAAAAACAAGCAUGCUUGGAGGAGGGGACCAUGGAGGAACAAACCAUCAUGGCGUCAGACCUGAUCCAGCAAGACAUCGACAUCAACGAGCCGGUCGGCAAUUUGAAGAAGCUGUUGGAGCCUCGUCUCCAAAUAUCACUGGAGACUUAUGAUAUAUGCUUGCAGGACAUUCAGUUGCACCCAGAUCACAGCCUCUUUGAUCAGGGCGUCAAAACAGAUGGCACGGUGCAGCUCAGCCUGCAGCUCAUCACCAAACCGGGUGAGGAGAAGCUGAACAUCUUGGAGAUAGUGAAGCCCGUCGAGACGGUGGAGGUGGUGAUCGACCCGGAUGCAGCAGGGGAGGAGGGCUCGCUGGUGGAUGAGGGGCAGCUCAUCGCCGUGGAGCGAUCCGGCCUGUCCGACGAGACCUCGGAGCAGGUGACACGCUGGGCCGCUGCGCUGGAAGGCUACCGCAAGGAGCAAGUCCGACUGGGCAUACCAUAUGACCCCGUUCUGUGGACGGCCGACCAAGCGAUCCACUGGGCUGUGUGGGUGAUGAAAGAAUUCAACAUUGACGAAAUGGAAAUCGGGAGCAUUCACAUCCCCGGCCGAAACCUCUGCGCAUUCACCCAAGAAGAGUUCCUUCAGAAAGUGCCCAAUGGAGAGAUCCUCUGGAGUCACCUCGAACUCCUCCGCAAAUAUGUUUUGGCAAGCCAGGACCAGUCCGGAGGGGACGCCACAGUCACCAUCGAUCAACCUGUGCAGAUAAUCCCGGCCCAAGUCAGCACGCCCACGGCCAUUAAAGUAUUGAAGCAGAACCGCGGACCCAGGACGCCCCGCAUUUCGGGAGAGGAGCGCAGUUCUCCCGGCAACCGCACAGGCAACAACGGUCAAAUCCAGCUGUGGCAGUUCCUGCUGGAACUGCUGACGGACAAAGACGCCAGGGAUUGCAUCUCCUGGGUGGGCGAGGAGGGAGAGUUCAAGCUCAACCAGCCCGAGCUGGUGGCUCAAAAGUGGGGCCAGCGGAAGAACAAGCCCACAAUGAACUACGAGAAACUCAGCAGAGCCCUCAGGUAUUACUAUGACGGCGACAUGAUCAGUAAGGUGCAGGGCAAGCGCUUUGUGUACAAGUUUGUGUGUGACCUGCGGACCCUGAUCGGCUACAGCGCCGCCGAGCUCAACUGCCUGGUGGCGGAGUGCGAGCAGAAGAAGAUGUCGCGGGUGCAGGUGCACGGCAUUGGGCAGCCCAUCACCACUGUGACAUUGGCAACCACGCUAGACAAGGACAGCUGAAGGAGGAGAAGGGAGGCCUUACCUCAUGAACGCUCCCAAUGAACUUUGCUGACACAGCCGAGUGGAUGAACGCUUUCUUUCAGCAUUUUUUCCAAACCACGAAAGUGGUGGACAAGAGGGUACAAAUGAAAUGUGGCAAAAAGUGAACGCUUUGAAUGUGACUGAAAUGAUGUCUUCCUUGUCUUUAGCGACGACCAUAAUGUGUGUGUGUGUGUGUGUGUGUAUAAAUAUACUGUAUAUGCAUAUGUAUGUACGCAGACGCCAUACACACACAGUGUUUUUUGGACAAUAAGUCACUUCGAAGUAUAAAUCGCACUAAUCCAAAAAAAAAAAAAAAAUAUGCGUCAAGGAGUUGUAGUGGAUUAUGUCAGAUUUUGGGGCAGAAUUAUUUUUGCAAAAACUGACAAGGAUAGUAGAGCUCAGACUCGCACCCAAAGUCCUCGUUCCCGAAUCACGUUGACGUCAGCGGAAGAGAUUUGUUGGAUUUGAAACUUUUGCUUCUAUGGAGAAGCUUUUCUUUUGGUUUCAAAAUGAACUGCCAAAAGAAAUGGAAGUGGGAGUAGAAGUGGUCAGUUUGCUGCAACAAGUCUCCCCAGCGAACUUGCCAGUGUGGGAUCCAAUUGACAGCAGCAAAAAGCGCAAAACUCUGCCAUGAAUUCUUUUCCACAAUGCAACGUGGCAUUCUAGUUAAGGUAAACCGAAAGGUCCUAGUCAGGUGUGAGUUUUAAGUUGCAGGACCAACCAACUAUGAGAUAAGUGUGACUUAUAGUCCGAAAAAUACAGUACACAAAUGCGCUUCAUGUUUUUGAUAGCCGCCCCCACAGCCCUUGUAUUUUCAUAUUUUUCCUUUUAUAGAAGACCCUUUUUGUAUUUUUAUUUUAGUGUAUGUCCCCUGCAAUUUUGGACAACAUUUUCGUCCAUAAAGGGGGAAUAAAGUGGCAAACAAUU